CACAACAUUCAAACCUUGAAGUUGGAGUCCAUGUCUGCCGCCGCCGUCCAGGCGCUGCCGGCGGAUGUCCUCGCAGCACGGCUCACAACGGUGAAGUAUGCUAACGUCAGCACUCUGGUCGUUCUGGUGCUCGACUACCUCUUAACGUUUGAUCUGGAGGUCAAUCAUAUGUGGGGGCAUACCUGGGGCUCUGCAACGCUUCUUCUAUUCGUUUCGCGCUACUCGCCGUUUUUUGACAUGGGGACAAUAAUGUAUUAUUCACUUGCACGCAACAUUUCCUUAACGCGUUGCAACCAACUCCACUCUGUAUUCACCUGGCUCAAUAUAUCUGGGAUCGCCGUUGGCGAAGCUAUUCUAACACUAAGAACCUAUGCCUUGAGUGGCCAGAAGCGUGGGGUCAUGCUAGGUUUUGCGAUACUUUUCAUUAUUAGCACGGCAGUGGGAGUUAUCUCCCUUGCGCGGUUCAUGCCCACUGCGGUGUACACGAAGCCGCCAUUGAACACACCCGGAUGCUUUCUCGCAGAUGGUGAUUUUGUGCUAGUAGCCAUCCCAUACGCCUCUGCUUUGCUGUACGACAUUGUGCUUGUAGGCUAUACAGCGUUGUUUGGCUGGAGGCGACUUCGACACUCGCGUGGUCCACUUAUUGGAACAUUAUUCCGCGACGGAAUCACUUACUUUAUCUUCUUAUUAGUUGUCUCGAUCAUCAAUAUCCUCAUCGUAGUCGCUGGUCCGCCCGGAAUGCCCGGCUUGUUGAACUCGUUCCUGCGCGUCGUGCAUAGUAUAUUCUCGACUCGUGCGCUACUACAGGUCCGGAGGACAGCCAAAAAACCACCCUUAUCGAUGUCGAGCAAUAUAAAUCUGGAUAUACCAUUGGACUUGGGACUUGAGACGGAUGACAGGACUGCAAUAGUGAGAGGCGGAAGAAUCUGA